UUAAUAGAGAUUAGAUUAAGAAUUACUGAGUAGUUAUGCUCGCAGUUUGUCGAGUGAUUACCCUAAAGCCGAUUGAAAAUGGCAGAAGGAGGCAUCGAUCGAACCACAUCACAGACUGAAAGCGUUCCAGGACACAGCAGCCUGUACAGUCGUCACUCUCAGAGUAUUGCCCGGGGCGGGAAAACCGGAUUUUCCCAACGGGUUUUCCCGGGGGGCGGGUUUUUCGUGCCAACCCUGCUCCUAGCAGCCAGUGCAACCUUCACGAAUGGCAGGAAGCAAGGCAGAGGGACUGACCUGCAAUUUGGAAACCGACUGGGACGAGUUGAGCGUGGUGAAGGGUGUCCUCUGUGUGGAAGCUGGUAUCAGCCUUCUCACCAUACCUGACGACAUAGACGUGUUUAGAAUGGAUACACGCGUAUAUCCAGGACACUGCAGACUGUUACAAGAGAGACGAGCGCAUACACGUUUUAAAGACAUUCAUAAUUCCCUGUGUGAUAAUGGAUAUGGAGCCGGUCUACUUAGUAGUAGUUUAUUCCUAGACGAAUUUUCGGCAAUAUUAAGACGCUCAUUUGUAGUGGAUCAUGAGAGAGCGGGGCCGUCGAUACCGGGGACAAUUCAGGGUGUAUGUCAUAUAGACAGAGUACCCGCACUACCCUGUCACUGCCCCAUCAUCCUCUAAAGAUGGGCUGCCAGAACACGUCAUUGGCCGUCACCAGUUAUAGUUCAGAAAGUCGUAUCAUUAGGAGCCUACCUAACCCCAGUCGGGUUUAAGGGAAGUGAUUAUAAGCACAUGGAAUGGAGGAUGUGCUUUUACACUGGUAAGACAGAACUUGUAAACAAUCUUAAUAGCACACAAACGCAAGUUUAUGUUAUGCUUAAAAUGAUUCUCAAAGAUGUUCUUAAGCCUUGUAAGAAAGAAGUUACAUCUUACGUGAUUAAAAAUAUAGUACUUUGGCAAGCUGAGAAUAACCCACAGCAUAACUUUUAUAAACGCAGUUUUUUAUACUGGCUACAUGACGGACUGAGAGACCUUAAGACUGCUAUUGCCACACAACAACUGUCAUACUACAUGAUUCCGGAAAGAAAUUUAAUGGCAGCAAGUGGUUUGCAGGAUAAGCAGCAAAGUAAAUGGGUAGCAGAUAUAACGGACAUGAUGGACGAAGGUCCGAGAGUUAUACUAAGAUUACAGAGGAUACGACAGGCCGUCAUCGCGUCCCCAGAGCGGAUGUUGUGGUUCAGCAAAAUAAGGAUGGAGCUUGAGAUGCUGGAGCUGGAGGGAUUCAUCAGAACCGGACAGUGUAGCGAUGAGCACGAUGCUAUCGUGCAGGAGAUAAAUAUACGUCAGGACGAGAUAAUGAUGGAGGUGGCACAACGGAUGCUCAUAGACGGAUGUGCUGUUAAUGAUCUGAAUGACAUCUUCCACAGAAUUGUAAUGUAGUACUGCAUUAAAGUGUAAGAAAUUAAUGGAGCCGAAGGAACGAAUCAGAGACAUGUAAUACACAGAUUGUUUUGUCGCCAGAUUUCAAGAAGUGAUUGUAUUUGCUUUUUUCAUAAUGUUUCACUUCUUUAUAUUGUAUUUGCUAUUUUGUCGUUAUUAUUAUGAAUUUUCGAAU